AUGGCCUCCUCGAAGUCGGUCGCGAGGCUGGUCGCCUACCGCCGGCCUGCGCCUUCUCUGUUGACCUCUUCUUUCCGUCCCUUAGGUUCAACCGCAAACUUCUCUUCCUCGGUGUGCCGGGCUGCUACCCCAGCUGGUCCCCCUCCAUCCGGCUUCCGUCUGGCUCCCCCCAAGAAAUGGGACGAGACUACCGAGUCCUCCUUGGACAAGGCCAGCAAAUACUUCCUCAUGUCGGAGAUUUUCCGCGGCAUGUACGUCGUGUUGGAGCAGUUCUUCAGACCACCUUACACUAUCUUCUACCCCUUCGAGAAAGGCCCCAUCUCCCCUCGUUUCCGUGGCGAACACGCCCUGCGCCGUUAUCCCACCGGUGAGGAGCGUUGCAUCGCUUGCAAGCUUUGCGAAGCUAUCUGCCCUGCUCAGGCUAUCACCAUCGAGGCCGAGGAACGUGAGGACGGAAGCCGUCGGACGACCCGUUAUGAUAUCGAUAUGACCAAGUGCAUCUACUGUGGCUACUGCCAGGAGAGCUGCCCUGUUGAUGCCAUUGUUGAGACUGCCAAUGCUGAAUAUGCCACCGAGACCCGUGAGGAGCUGCUGUACAACAAGGAGAAGCUCCUGGCCAACGGUGACAAGUGGGAGCCUGAAAUUGCCGCCGCUGCCAGAGCUGACGCUCCCUACCGUUAA